AAGUGCUACAUUGUCGCAAAAUUUUUCACUUCACCAACUAAACAAGGCCUAAUAAUACAAUAAACAACACAAGAAAUGCAGCCAUUACUUAUCUUCUCGUUUCAUUUCUACUGAACCCUGAUGACUUUAUCCAACCACUAGUCUAAGUGCAGUGUGUUCAGUGUGUGAAAUCCGAAUAAGAUCCAGUAGGAUAUUAUUCAAAGUUGGUGGGCUUACAAUCAACGGCUGGAAGCAACCAGAGCAGCAGACAAAAAGGAAGCUACUUAUUCGCACUUCAUCAACAAAAGGCAGGUUAAAAGCCUCCAUUAUUUACCCUAACUAAUAAAAACGAGAGAUUUAUUAUUAUUCACAGUUGGACACAGGCCAUUUUUCCUUCUCUCACUAAGACCGCACUCAAGGGUGAGCAUACUGAUAUAAUAUAUUCCUUUUAGACGAAGUCAUCCAUCACCUGACCUCUCCCAACUCACUCACGCCUAUAAAAGCGAUCCACCCCAGCCCGCCCCCAAUUCUCCUCCUACUCCGAAUCCACAGCAAGAAAGCAAGUCUGCCUCACCCACUCACACCACUCACUCAUUGUUCCACACCAAGAUCCAAGAGCAAGACAAGUCCACAAGCAAACAGAGUAGGGGGCAAGAACUCCCUCACCACCAUGGCGUCCUACGACAAGGCCUUCGAGUCCUACAAGAAGGCCCUCACCACAGCGGCGUCCGUCGCCGCGUCCAUGAUGCUGGUGCGCAGCGUGGUGAACGAUGUGGUGCCACCCGAGCUGCGAGAUCUGCUCUUCUCUGGCUUUGGCUACCUGCGCUCACGCACAUCGUCGGACCACACCAUCAUCGUCGAGAAGAAGAACGACGGGUUCGCCAACAACUACGUCUACAGCGCUGUGAAGACUUACCUCGCCACGCGCAUGAACACCGACAUCCAGCAGCGCCUGCGUGUCAGCAGCAUGGACGAGAACGACAAGAUGAUGGUCAGCAUGGAUGAGGGCGACGAGAUGCUGGAUGUUUAUGAAGGCACGGAGUUCAAGUGGUGCCUUGUCUGUAAAGAGAACUCAAAUGACUCCCUCAACGGCAGUCAGAACGAGUCCCAGUUCUUCGAGUUGACCUUCAACAAGAAGCACAAGGACAAAGCCCUCAAAUCAUACCUCCCAUUCAUUUUGGCGACAGCCAAGGCCAUUAAAGCCCAGGAGAGAACUCUCAUGAUAUACAUGACUGAAUACGACGAUUGGUCCCCGAUUGACCUCCACCACCCAUCUACAUUUGACACGCUUGCCAUGGACCACAAGCUGAAGCAGUCCAUCAUUGAUGACCUUAACAGGUUCCUCAAGAGAAAAGAUUACUAUAAGAAGAUUGGCAAGGCGUGGAAGCGGGGGUACCUGCUGUAUGGUCCACCUGGGACUGGGAAGUCGAGCCUAAUCGCGGCCAUGGCCAACCAUCUCAGGUUUGACAUAUAUGACCUCGAGCUAACUGCGGUCACGUCCAACUCAGACCUCAGGAGGCUUCUUGUUGGCCUGGGCAACCGAUCCAUUCUCGUGAUCGAAGAUAUUGACUGCACCAUCGAACUGAAACAGCGGGAGGAAGGUGAAGCACACGACGAGUCAAAUUCUACAGAACAAAACAAGAGGGAAGGCAAGGUGACGCUGUCUGGACUGCUCAAUUUUGUUGAUGGGCUGUGGUCAACAAGUGGGGAGGAAAGGAUCAUCGUCUUCACAACCAAUUACAAGGAGCGGCUCGACCCGGCACUGCUGCGGCCUGGAAGGAUGGACAUGCACAUCCACAUGGGGUAUUGCACCCCAGAGUCUUUCCGAAUCCUUGCCAACAACUACCACUCCGUCGAGUACCAUGACACAUAUCCAGAGAUUGAGAAACUGAUCAAGGAGGUGAUGGUGACACCCGCAGAGGUUGCUGAGGUUCUGAUGAGGAAUGACGACGCUGAUGUUGUGCUCCAUGAUCUUGUUGAUUUCCUGAAGUCAAAAAUGAAGGAUGCUAAUGAGAUCAAGGCUGAACACAAGGAAGCAAAUAACCAGCUGGAUGAGAAGAAAGACGACAAGGAUAAUGAGAAAAAAUAAAACCCAGUGCAAUUCCUUCCAGAAAAGAAGACGAAAGCAAAUAGCGGUUUGAGAUCAAGACUGAACACAAGGAAUCAAAUAACCAGCUGGAUGAGGAGAAAGGCGACGAGAUAUUGAAAAAAAAUAAAACCCAGUGCAAUUCCUUCAAGAAGAGGAAAGAAUAUGAAAGCACCCCAUAUCGUAUUUCAUAUAGAUCAAUCCUACAGGGGAUCCAUAGGCGCAUGUGAGUGUUUGCAUAUUGUCAACAUUGUGUUUUUGGAUUAAUGAGGUGUACUGGUACUUCCAGUGUGUGUUAGUACUUGUUUAGUAGCUUGUAUGCAGAAUUACAGAUAUGCAAAAUCCAUGUGACAAUUUACAUGAAACUGCAAACAUGCCAUUGCCUUGCAAAUGCCAA